CAGCUACCAAAUCCGAUGACUUUUUCAACCACUAAGAAAACGUACUCGGGUAAUUUACAUACGUAUGAUUAGGAUACGUGUAAAUACAUGUGUUUUACUCUCGUGUGAGCGUGUAGGUGUGCUCGAGAAAUGUUUUACAGAAUCCAGGCGCUGUUAUCUUGCCUCAUGUGCUUUAUAUUUAGUAUUUAAUCAAGGGCUUGUUCGGCUUGGUGGCGUUUUGCAUCUUCGGUUAAAGAAUUGGAAUUUUUUUACGUUCUUUACUUCCUUUUAUUUAUUUUUUUUUAUUUCUUUAAAGCACUGUUGUGUGAUUGAAUAACGUAUGGUAUUUUGUGUUUUAUGAUUACGAAUUUAUUUCUAUUUUGAAUACAAUUUGCAAGACUUAUCACAAAUUACCAUGUUUCCGACAGCUAUGAACUCGAUCGGAUUAAUUAGUUAAUACGAAUGUACUAUUUCAAAUCGAUAUAAUGCGAAGAUAUUGCCAUCAUCGAUAUGUAAUUUUGAUCGGUGUGCUUUUUGCGUUAGAUUACAUCUCAUCUCAAACAACCGUACAGAAUACAGAUGUUACACCGACCAUCGGAGGUCCCAAUGUAUGCAGAUCUAGAUAUAAAAAUUACUGUUGUCCCGGAUGGAGAUUAAAACCUAAUACUGGUCUUUGUGUUGUCCCUGUUUGCUGGAGACACUGCGGCGAGGCUGGAAGAUGCAUAAAACCAAACAUUUGUCUAUGUGAGAAUGGAGCUAUUGGGGCAACAUGUAGCACAAAAUUACCCACUUUUAAUCAAGUGCAACCAGGCAUAGAUAAUAAUUCAACUAUAAACUCGACCGAUUCGAAUUUCUGUCCAUUUACAUGUUUAAACGGUGGCUCAUGUACGAAUAGCAAGUGCAUCUGUAAACCAGGGUACAUAGGAGAAGAUUGCGCGGAAGCUGUAUGCAAAGAACCGUGUUUAAAUGGUGGAAGAUGUAUUGGACCCGAUAGAUGCGCUUGUGUAUACGGAUACACUGGUAAAAGAUGCGAAGCAGAUUAUCGAGUCGGUCCAUGUUAUAGAAAAGUGGUCAAUGAUAUGUGCCAAAGUCAACUAGAAGGUGUAGUUUGUACUAAACAGUUAUGCUGUGCGACUGUAGGUCGAGCUUGGGGACACCCCUGCGAACAUUGCCCAUUACAGUUAGAAUGUAAUGCCGGAUUCUUGAAAAAUAUUCAUUCCGGAAACUGCGUUGAUAUCGACGAAUGCGAAGCUAUUCCUGGACUUUGCGAUGGUGGUACCUGUGUCAAUACCGAAGGCUCGUUUGUUUGCACUUGUCCUCCGGGCAGAACGCGCAACCCGUUGACAAACAAUUGCGAAGACGAAGACGAAUGCAAGAGCAGCAAUAAACAGGUGUGCCAGCAUGGUCAAUGCGUUAAUACAGAUGGCUCGUACUACUGCCAGUGCGAUAUCGGAUAUAUACCUACGCACGAUCGUAAACACUGUUUAGAUUCUAGACAAGGCAGAUGCUACAUUAAUUUGGAUGGUAAAAAUCAGUGCAUCGAACCUUUAUCGAUCAACUUAUCCAAAAUGGAUUGUUGCUGCGGUAAAAACAUGGGUAAAGGGUGGGGUGAUAUUUGUGAAAAAUGCCCACCCACUGCAUCAGAGGAUUACGCUACCCUAUGCUUGGGAGGAAGCACACCUAAUGUUUCCAUACCCACAUUAGUGGAUGAAUGUGGCUUGCGUCCUGGUAUAUGUGGUGGUGGUCAAUGUGUCGACGUCGCCGAAGGAUUCACCUGCAAUUGCUAUCCUGGUUACAAGAAACAGAAAAGUGGCGAUGCACAAGUGUGUGAAGAUGUCAACGAAUGUUCUGAGGGAUUAUGUUCAGGAGGACAAUGUACAAAUACGCCUGGAAGUUUCGUUUGCAAGUGUCCUGUUGGUUUUGAUGUCUCUUCGGAUGGCAAACAAUGUAUUGAUCACGACGAAUGCAGUGAAAAUGGCAUGUGUGCCAAUGGAGUAUGCAUCAAUAUGGAUGGAUCAUUCAAAUGUCGUUGCAACACUGGUUUCAUACUUUCAUCCACUGGUCAUGCUUGUGUAGACAUUGACGAAUGUUAUGAAAACCCAAGAAUUUGUUUGAAUGGAAGAUGUAUAAAUACAGCUGGUUCUUAUCGAUGCGAAUGCCAACCUGGAUUCACACCUACAUCAGAUGGAGGAUUUUGCGUAGACAUAAAUGAAUGUGGUCUAGAUAGAGGAGAUUCGGUCUUAUGUGACAAUGGUCGUUGCAUCAAUACAGAUGGAUCUUUUAAAUGUGUUUGUAACUUGGGAUUUCAUUUAUCAGCGGAUAAGAGAAAUUGCAUAGAUAUUGACGAAUGUGCCAAUAACGUGUGUCAAAAUGGAAGAUGCAUUAAUUUACUAGGCAGUUUCAAGUGCGAAUGUCCGGCUGGAUUUUAUCUCGGAUCUGAUGGACGAUCUUGUUUAGAUUCUGCUAAGGAUUUAUGCUACGCUGAAUAUCAAAAUGGACAAUGUUCCAGACCAUCACAAGUACCAGUUUCAAAAUCAAGCUGUUGCUGCUGUACUGUAUUUUCUGGUCACGCGAUGGGUUGGGGAACUCCAUGUGGAGCUUGUCCUGCUCCAGGUUCUGCGGAGUUUCUUGAACUCUGUCCACAUGGAACAGGAAUGACAUUUACAGGAGAUGAUAUCAACGAAUGUGCUCAGAAUCCAGCUAUUUGUGAGAAUGGAGCAUGUGAGAAUCUCAUGGGUACAUAUCGAUGCAUCUGCAAUAUUGGUUAUGAACCAGACAUCACCGGCAAAAUAUGUAUCGAUAUUAAUGAAUGUGUCAGAGAUGAACUGAUUUGCAAUGGAGGUCAAUGUAAGAAUACUCCGGGUAGUUUUCAAUGCAUUUGUCCUUCUGGUACUAGGUACAAUCCAACCAUGAAUGCAUGCGAGGAUGUCAACGAAUGUUUGGAAAUGGGUCCUGAUGCUUGUGUCAAUGGAAAAUGCAUCAACUCUCUCGGGUCGUUCGAAUGCGAAUGUCCAAAAGAAUCAAUUUUAGAUAAUACUGGCCGCAUAUGUCUAGAUAAUAGAAAAGGAUCUUGCUGGACAAAAGUAACAGCGGGAAGAUGUGAAAAUAAUUUACCACGAUUCACAUUGAAAAGCGAAUGCUGCUGUUCAGUGGGUCUUGCUUGGGGUAGUCCAUGCGAAUUAUGCCACACUGAAGAAUGUUCUUGUGCUAAAGGAUUUGCAAAGGUAGAUGGUAAAGUAUGCUCGGAUAUCAACGAAUGUGAACUAAACAAUGGACUUUGCAGAGGAGGGGGUACUUGUUUAAAUACAGAAGGAUCCUUCACAUGUGUUUGUCCACCAGGGCUUACUUUAGAUGCAACAGGAACCCUUUGCCAAGACAACAGAUUUGAUACAUGCUACACAGAUUACAAAUUUGGCACUGGAGCCUCACCAGUUGAUGGUAUAUUUCCUCGUACUACAUGCUGCUGUUCAUUGGUAGGGAAAGCUUGGGGCAGCUCGGAUGAACCAAGUAAGGCAAAAUGUGAAAUUUGCCCGAAGCCAGGAACUCCAACAUUUACUGACCUCUGUCCAAAAGGACCUGGCUACGUUGAUAGGAAAGAUAUCAACGAAUGUGCCGAAUUUCCUGGUAUCUGCAGUAAUGGCAGGUGUAAAAAUUCGAUGGGUGGGUUCAAUUGUCAGUGUAAUCCUGGGUUCGCAUUAGAUGAGAAUGGUCUAAAGUGUAUUGAUAUCGAUGAAUGUAAUAUUAUGCAUGGCGUUUGUGGUGAAAAUGGCGAUUGUCAGAAUAUUCCAGGAUCGUUCGAAUGUAAAUGUAAAGAAGGGUACGAAAGUCAUCCUAUGAUGAGAGUUUGCAUGGAUAUUAACGAAUGUGAAAAAACACCUGGAUUAUGUAGAGGAGGAAACUGCACUAAUGACAUUGGCAGCUACCAUUGUGAGUGUCCAGAAGGCCAUGAACUGUCACCAGAUAAACAAUCGUGUAAAGAUAUUGACGAAUGUUCUCGAACCAGUGGUAUAUGUUCAAAUGGUGUUUGUGAAAAUAUGAUGGGAACGUAUCAGUGCGUAUGUGAUACAGGAUACCAACAAACUGAUCUGAAAUCUCAUUGCGAAGAUAUCGAUGAAUGCAGCGUUGAUAAUGGUGGCUGUGCAGAUAUCUGUAUAAAUACACCAGGAUCUUAUUCAUGCAGUUGCAAGCCUGGUUUCAACUUAGCUAGUGAUGGACGUAGUUGUAUAGAUAUCGACGAAUGCAGAGAAAAUCCUCGUGUGUGUAAUGGCGGCGAAUGCUUCAAUAAUGAAGGAAGCUUUUCAUGUAUUUGUGGCUCUGGCCUAUUACCAGGGCUAAAUAAUUCAUCUUGUAUAGAUAUAAACGAAUGCGAAAAUAAGGAUAAAAAUAUCUGCGGCAGUGGAAGCUGCAUCAAUAAUGUGGGAACCUAUUCUUGCGAAUGCGAGGAAGGUUACAGUUCUAAAUCAGAAGAUAAUCCAUACUGCACGGAUGACGACGAAUGUGCCCUUGAGACUCAUGCAUGCGAUAAAAACGCACUGUGUAUUAAUAACCCUGGAUCCUAUAGCUGUAGAUGCUUUGACGGAUUCAUUGGAAACGGUCACAGUUGUCUAGAUUUAAAUGAGUGCUUAACUAAUAAUGGAGGGUGCGAUAAGAAUGCUCAGUGUGUUAAUACUGAGGGAUCUUUCAAGUGUGUUUGCGAUAACGGUUUUCGAGGAGAUGGAUACGUUUGUGACGAUGUCAACGAAUGCGUUGAAAAUCCACUGCUUUGCGAAAAUGGCCACUGUAUUGAUUAUCCUGGAUCGUACCGAUGCGAAUGUGAAAUGGGAUUCAUGAAUGCCGAUGAAAAGAAUCAACAACGCUGCAUUGACAUCAACGAGUGUGAAAUGUUCAAUAAUUUAUGCGUUCAUGGUAAAUGUGAAAAUGUGGAGGGGAUUUUCCGAUGCCAUUGUGAUCCAGGUUACGAAUUGGACAGCACCGGAGGAAAUUGCACAGAUAUCAACGAAUGCGACAGUCCUCAAGCUUGUUUAUAUGGAAAUUGUACCAACACUGAAGGCAGCUUUGUUUGCAAAUGCCCUCCUAAUUACCAACUGGCAGCCUCAGGAAAUGCUUGCAUAGAUCGUCGAGAAUCACGUUGCUAUAUGACAGUUGAAGAUAGAUCAGGCCGGAACAGGUGCUCUCAAGAGAUAGGCAGCCCUGUAACCAAAGCAACCUGCUGCUGCUCAAUUGGAAAAGCAUGGGGAGGUCGUUGUGAACUUUGCCCACCUGUUGGUACUGAAGAAUUCAAACAGCUUUGUCCCGGCGGUCCUGGUUAUCGACCAAAUACCACAACAGUUGUUCUAGAAGAUGUGAAUGAAUGCGAAGAACACGAGAAUCUGUGCAAGAAUGGUCACUGUACCAAUACGUUCGGUAGCUUUAUGUGUAUUUGCAAUCAAGGGUUCAGAAUGGAUAAUAGUUCAGCUUUUUGUUAUGACGUUGAUGAAUGCAGUGAAAAUAAUGAAAUCUGCGGAGUUGGAUUUUGUAUAAAUACCGAAGGAUCGUACCAUUGUAUUUGUCCUGACGGUUACAUGGUUAGACCUGAUGGAAAAGAAUGUAUCGAUAUCCGUAAAGAACAAUGUUACCUUAAUUACACACAAAACAUGUGCUCCGAGGCGAUGUCGAAUACACAAACUAGAAUGAUGUGUUGUUGUUCAAUGGGUCAAGCUUGGGGCCAUCCUUGUCUACCAUGCCCACCUAUUUCAUCCCACGAAUAUCUCAAUCUUUGCGGCAAUCGUCCGGGUCUGGUUGUAAAUCCGGUGACAAAUGCCACCGAAGAGAUUGACGAAUGUGCCUUGAUGCCUCAAAUGUGCAGCCAUGGAGAAUGUAUCAAUACUCCGGGCAGUUUCCAUUGCAUCUGUGAUCCUGGCUACAUAUACGAUGAAUUUGCUCAUCAAUGCAUAGAUGAAAAUGAAUGUUUACGGAAUCCGAAUCCAUGCCGAGGGAAUUCUCGCUGCGUUAAUAAUAUUGGUAGUUUCGAAUGUCAGUGUCCCAAAGGCUACAAAUUAGGGCCAAAUAUGAAUGAUUGCAUUGAUAUUGACGAAUGUUACGAGCAAGACGGUAUCUGCACCAAUGGAGAAUGUACCAAUCUAGAGGGAGGUUUCCAGUGUACGUGUAAAAGUGGUUACUCCUUAACUCCAUUCCGAGAUAACUGCGUAGACGUCGAUGAGUGCCAGCGUCAUCCUAAUAUUUGUAAUAAUGGAACUUGCAUCAAUUCGAAUGGAUCUUUCAAGUGUCAUUGUUAUACCGGAUUCAAAUUGAGCCAUAACAACGAUUGUAUUGAUGUCGAUGAAUGUACUAUGAUGCCUCACCUCUGUCGAAAUGGUCGCUGUAAAAACACCAUAGGAUCGUUCAAUUGCGAAUGUGCUGACGGCUACACACUCACUAGCGAUGGACAGAAUUGCAGGGAUAUCGACGAAUGCAAAGAGCAAGGUGGCAAUUGCCCAGCUCCAGGUCGUUGUCAAAACGUAAUGGGGUCAUAUUUCUGUAGUUGUCCGAAUGGUUACCGGUUAUCUGAGAAUAAGACAUUCUGCGAAGAUAUCAACGAAUGUAUCGAAAUAAACGGAAUUUGCGACGGAGGUAAAUGUAUCAAUACAAACGGAGGAGUGAUAUGCGAUUGUCCGGAAGGAUUCAUCGUCAGUCCAACUGGCAUGCAUUGUGUUGAUACCAGACAAGAAUUCUGUUACUCAUUAUAUUCUAAAGGCGUAUGUUCAAAUCCUAGGAAUCAAAUUGCUACCAUGAAAGAGUGCUGUUGUGCUAUGGGAGCAGCUUGGGGUAAAUCAUGUAGUCCUUGUCCAGCUCCUAAUACAAUUGAAUUUGCUAAACUUUGUCCAAUGGGUAUGGGACACGAUGGUCAAGGAGAGGACUUGAACGAAUGUGUCCUAAUGCCGAAUAUAUGCGAAGGGGGAGAAUGUAUUAAUACAGACGGAUCAUUUAGAUGCGAAUGUCCAAUGGGUUACGUACUCGAUUCUUCUGGAACUAGAUGCGUUGAUGAUAACGAAUGCUCUUCUAAUACAACAGUUUGUGGAAACGGUUCGUGUUCAAAUUUACAAGGCGGAUUUGAGUGCUCGUGUGGAGACGGUUUUGCUCCCGGUCCUAUGCAAGUUUGUGAAGAUGUGAACGAGUGUAUCGAUGGAUCAAACCAAUGUGCUUUCCGUUGUCAUAAUACAUACGGAUCGUAUCGAUGCCUUUGCCCUUAUGGAUACGCUUUAGCCGAAGAUGGUAGACAUUGCCAAGAUGUUGACGAGUGUUCUACGCCGGCUAAUAAUUGUAAAUACAAAUGCAAGAAUUUGAUCGGAUCGUUCAUCUGUAUCUGCCCCGAAGGAUACGUUCAAAUGGGCGCAUCUGACGAUUGUAGAGAUAUCAACGAAUGUACCGAAAACCCGAAUAUCUGCGAAAAUGGUCGUUGCGUGAAUUUAAAAGGAUCUUAUAAGUGCGAUUGUUUUGACGGUUUCAAACCUAGCAGUAAUGGAAAACGAUGCAUUGACGAUAGAGCUGGAUUUUGUUAUCGUCAUUUGGUAAAUGGACGUUGCGUAAAUAACGAAUCUGGACUGAAACCUGUGUCCAAAGCUGAUUGUUGUUGUACAAUGGGGGCUGCCUGGGGACCACAGUGCCAAACAUGUCCAACUCCUCAAACUCAAGAGUACUUCCAAUUAUGUCAUUCCUCCGGGUAUAAUGUUGAAGGACAAGAUAUCGAUGAAUGUAAAGCUAUGUCAGAUUUAUGCAAAAAUGGAAAAUGUAUCAAUACUCAAGGCUCUUAUAGAUGCAUAUGCAAUAAAGGUUACAAAACUGAUUAUACAGGAACGAAAUGCGUCGAUGUAAACGAAUGUCUGGCUUUGCCUUCUCCUUGCCAAAUGAUCUGCGAAAACACGGAUGGCUGGUACACGUGCGCUUGUGCUCACGGUUUCACAUUAAAUCGUGAUAAUUCCACAUGUCGCGAUAUCGACGAAUGUGCCACCGGAAAACACAUUUGUCAACAGAAAUGUAUCAAUACGAAUGGAUCUUAUGAAUGUGCUUGUAAUCCAGGUUAUAAGCAACAAGGCGAUCAUUGUUUAGAUAUAGACGAAUGUAGUCAAGAUGGUGUGUGCCCUCCACCAGGUACCUGCAUCAAUACAUUGGGUAGUUAUCGGUGCCUAUGUCCUAAAGGUCAUAAAUUAGAUGUAAGCGGUACUUACUGCGUUAAUUUGGCUGAAUGCCCUGGAGGAAAUUGCGAAGUCAAGUGUAAAAAUGGCACUGGUCAAAAAUGCGCGCAGCAAUGUCCCGAAGGAUUUUCUAAACAUCCGUAUUAUAACGAAUGCAUCGAUAAUAAUGAAUGCCUCCAGUCACCUUGCGGCUCAACUCAAUGCAUUAAUACCAUCGGCAGUUAUCAAUGUGUUUGUCCUGAUGGAUUUGCAUUUGAUGACUCGUCUAUGUUAUGCGUUCAAUCAACCAGUGGUUGCCUAAGUAGCCAAUGUUCUUUUGGAUGCACUCCGUUGGGAAUGACUGAAUUUUUAUGCAGAUGUCCUUCUGGAUAUCAACGUAUUGGUCAAGGCCACUGUUUAUCUACGAUCAAUCCACCAGUAGGUAGCAAUAUCAUACCUGAUUUGGGAGAUAAUAUUCCAACCUAUCCAAUUAAUCCUGCUGUCAAUGACAAAAUAAUAUCAACCGAAGGAUGUUUCUCAUGCCGGCUCAACGACAGAGGCGGUAGACAUCGACGUACGAUCUCAAAUUCCACUAAAUUUUGGCAAAUUAAAGAAGAAAAUGAAGGAAAUACUUCUGCUCAUAUGGAUAGUAACAAUAAACAAGUAGCCACACGUCAUCAUCAUGGAAGCAAAGCUGAACCACAUAUGGAAUUAGUCGUAAAAUACGAUCAAAUGAAAACGAAAACUCAUAUAUUACAAAUUCAACCGGCUACUAAGGACAAAGUCCAAUACGAACUGAUAAAUAAUGCGAAUGCUAAAUUUUUCGAAAUAGUCGAAAAUGAUAAUGUAUGGUUUCUUCAUCCGAAACGUAAGCUGAAACGGCAGAAAAGCGUUUAUCAUAUCGGAAUUGUUGCGAAAUCGGGAGAUCACAGCUCUCAACAACCUUUUAAAUUACAUAUCAAAUUACUCGUUGUUCCUUAAUUAAUUAGUAUUUUGUACAAUUGAUAGUAAUUUAUUUGACAAUUAUUUUGACCAUCUUUCAUAAAUUGUGCUCAAUGAAUAAAAAUUUAGGUGAUUUUUUUCUCUUGUA